AAACCGCUAACUGAUCUUUUGUCUCUCUCACUGGUAAAUGACUCCAGCUCUCAGCAACACACAGUUGUACCUCUUUGAAAAGAUCAACAAAGCUUCAGCAUGGUUUCAGGUGGAAGACAGAUUCUGGGAUUGGCCAUGGCCAUCAUCGGCUUUCUGGGGAGCAUCAUAAUCUGCGCUCUCCCCACCUGGAAAGUCACAGCUUUCAUUGGAGCCAACAUUGUCACUGCUCAGGUGAUCUGGGAGGGUUUGUGGAUGAACUGUGUGACCCAGAGUACAGGCCAGAUGCAAUGCAAAGUCUAUGACUCUCUCCUCGCCUUACCUGAGGACCUCCAGGCUUCCAGAGCAUUCGUCAUCAUUGCCGUCAUCACUGGGCUCUUUGGGAUCCUUCUUGGCGUGGUCGGGGGCAAGUGCACCAACUUUGUACAGGACGAAAGGCAAAAGAUCAAAGUGGCCAUCACUUCUGGAGUCAUCUUCAUCCUCGCAGGCCUCAUGGUGCUGAUCCCCGUCUGCUGGACCACCAACACAGUCGUUCGUGAUUUCUACAACCCUGUCUUGGUCGACGCUCAGAGGAGGGAGCUCGGGGCCUCGAUCUACAUUGGCUUUGCAUGCGCAGGGCUGCUGAUCAUGGGUGGGGCUCUCCUCUGCAGCAACUGUCCGCCUAGAGAUGAGAACGACUAUGAUGUGACGUACUCUAAGGCUCGCUCUAUACAGAGCAGCAAGGCCUACGUUUAGAUCUUCAGGCGGAAGCAGAGGAGGGACAGUCUGUUGGAAAGAGAUAUGACAAAGAGUUUGUGAAAGAAAAAUGCAGAAUGGGAACGAGUAUGUCUAUAAUGUGUUAUCUAUAUCUAUAAAGUAGAUGUGAACUUUUACAGUAUGAGUGUGUAACUCAAUCAUGUGUUUUAAUUUAAAAAAACAUCCUUAGGAAUUAUAUGUUGUAGAAUGUUUAGAUUUUCUAUGUGUACAUAAAAUGUUUUUGUAUUUUGCACAAUUACAGACUCUUUAACAUACUUCUCCUUAUAUUUUUUAAAUAUAUGUUGUUUAGUUGCACAUGUUCAGACACUCUUUAUAAUAAAUUAUAAAUUAAAAAAACUUCUAUAUAUGAAAUUUAUUAAUGUGAAAUCCGCCUAUGUAGUUGCUGUUGGGGCUAAUACUAUUUCUCGAUCAAACUAGUUAAAUAUUGAUGAUUAUGUGAUUGAUUCACAUCUGUUUGAAUUGAAUAUUCUUCUGAUUUUGCGUGAUUGAUGUUUUUCUCUGUAUUAUUGCACGUCAUUAAAAUUUAGGUUGUUUGUGAGCAUGUGAGAUUGCAUACCUCUUGAGACUUUUCCAUCUUGUCAUAGUGGUUUAGCUACACAGCAGCGGGGAUGACAAAAGCCAUAUAACUCGAUGAACAGUGAAUCUGGUUUUUCAAGCGCACAGGAAAGAAUCUAUACGAACAGGUUGUGUGACAAUGUGUCCUUCGUACCAAAGAAACAUUGCUAAACAAACAAAGACACUGAACUGUAACCUUGUGUGUAUUUUUUGAGUUUGAAUGUGUGUAUGUAUUUUCUCCUUUUGUCUUAUAAGACUGAUCAGGUUUGUAAAUGUUUGCAUUAGAGAAAGAGAUGUCAAGAAAAUAAAAAACAAUGUUAAUAAAUGACAAGACUCUGGUAAACAGGUAAA